AUGAGUUUGACUCCCCUGUCCUACGAACUGCACAAUAUCAUCUACUUUGCGCCUCAUGCGCGCACCUCGCUGUCGGUGUCGGGCGACGCAGGAGCAGCAUUCCCUCUGACGGUGAUGAUGACCAACGACAGCCUCGUCACGGCGAGCGCGCUGGAGACCACAUUGGAGCGAUAUCUGGCGCUCGACGACGUGCUCUGCGAGGGAUUUCUGCAGACCCUCUAUAUCUCCGCCCCCGACGAUGCCCGGAUCGAUGCCUCCGUCGACCAGCUGCAUCGUUGGGGCGUGCAGCGCAUCUAUCUCAAUGGCACGGCGUUUGCCCACAUCCCCCGGGGAUAUCUUUCCGCUGUCGAUGACGGCAUCACACUCUCUCCCGGUCCCUACACGGCCGUCCCAGUUCGAGACACGCUGCAGAUCUGGGAUACCUACCGCUUGUAUCCCGACACCCAUAGCGCCUUCGUCACGGGGGGGUAUCCAACCGACGACGGUUUCCGUCCGCUCUUAAUGCAUGAGGAAGACAGUGCAAUGCCCGUGCCCAGUCGUAUCCCCUUCGACGGCGAUCCGCGACCGCUGGCGGGCGUCCGCGUGGCCGUUAAGGACCUAUUCGACCUGCACGGGGUGACCACGACCGCGGGCAGUCGCGCCUGGACGCGCAUCCACGUGGCUGCGACUCGCAGUGCCCCGGCAGUACAACGACUGCUCGAUCAGGGAGCAGUCGUCGUGGGCAAGACGAAACUGGCCCAGUUCGCCGGCGGCGACAACGCCUGGGACUGGACGGACGCCGUCUAUCCCUUCAACCCGCGCGGCGACGACGGGCAGCGCCUGUGCCGUUGCAGCGUACGACUGGCUAGACGCAGCGAUUGGCAGCGACACGGCUGUCUCAAUGCGACGACCCGCGGCCAUGACGGGAUUGUAUGCCAACCGACCCAGUCAGGGGAUGAUGUGCAUGGCCGGGACGGUGGCACAGAACUGGGCACAGGACACGGCGGGCGUCUUUGCACGCGAUCCAACGCUGUGGACGCGGUUCCUGCGGGCCUGGCAUACCCCAGCACUAGAACAGGACGCGUCCAUCACGGGGCUGACAACGCCAAUGCUCUCCGGAUCACGAUAUCCCACGCAGCUGCUCUGGCUGGACGAGUACUUCCCCCUGGCGAACCCGGCGCUCAGCGACUGGUGGACGGGUUCGUGCAGCAGCUGUCUCGGAUUCUCCCUCUGUCGGUGCAUCGCAUUAAUACCACGGACGUGGUGGCUCAUGCAACCAUCUUCCCUGCGUCGACACGCACCAACUGGGAGCGCAUCCUCAACGCGUCGGCCGUGACCACGCGGUGGUCGCAGCACGUCGCCGUGGCACCGCUCAUUGCGACCUGGGCUCCCGGUGCCAGCGCAAUGGCGACGCGAAUGGCGAGAGCAAUUCCAGCCGGAUACGAGUCCUGCUCGACGUCGCUGAUGCUGUGCCACGCCGGCACGGGAGGACAGCCCAGCUACCGCGAGAAAGCCCUCAACGAGAGUCCCAACGCGACGUUCCUGGGGAUGGCUAGGGAUGGCCCCGGACACGGCGGCUGUGCCGUGCGACAUUAUCUGUGCGCUGUUUGGAUGUGCCGAGUUUACGCUGCCGAUCAGACAGGUGGAAUACGAAUCGCCAGUCAGUGCACGGAGAGAGCAGCUGCCGGUGACGAUUGA